AUGGGGUCAUCACAGUCACACCCAACUUUUUUAGCACUUGAUGAGCUGCUAAGAGCAAAGGGCGCAAAACUCAAAAAGCAUACAAUUCAAACCUUCCUUGAGGAGUGUGACAAGGUUGCUCCUUGGUUUGCUGUGUCGGGCCAUUUGACUCCUGCUAGCUGGGAUAGGUUGGGGAAAGACCUAGAUUUCUCCUGGGAGCAGAGUGUCCUUAAAGGAAGUACUAGAGCAGUGUGGAAACUAGUGAAUACCUGUUUAGAAGAUGAGCGCUGUUGUCAUGCAGUGGAAACAGGCAAGCAAGCACUAGAACAAUUGAAGGAAGAGAGAUCAUUAAAGUCUGAAAAGGUGAGCUCAUCAAACUCUGAAAAUGGAUCAGAGGAGGAUAUAGAGGAGCUAGCAUGGGAGUUAGGAAGAAGCUCCUUGUAUCCUGAUUUUACAGGAUUAAAGAAGGAGACAAGCGAGGAGCAGAGGAGUAGAAAUCAAGGCAAAACCUCUAGUGCAGACCUUAAAGAUUACAGACGAGAAAGGAGGAGGAGGGAGGAAGUGACCCCUACAGCUCCCCCACCCUAUCAAGAUUUCGGUGUGACUGGCAACUCGUUUUGCCCUGAUGCUUGGAAGGAGGUUAGAUCCUCGUUGGGUUGCUUCCCUGUUUUCCUAGAUCAACAAGGGAAUCGUUACCAUGAACCAUUGGACUUUAAAGUUAUUAAAAAUUUAGCAGAAUCUUGCAGAGCCUAUGGAGUCUCUGCUGCCUGCACCACAGUUCAGCUAGAAGCGCUACAGCGCUAUUGCCUAACACCCAGUGAUUGGGCAGGGUUGGUGAAGGCAUGCUUGUCUCCUGGACAAUAUCUGGAUUGGAAAGCAUUCCUGAUUGGAUUUGCUAAUGAGCAGGCCGCCACUAAUGCAGCUGCGGGGAAUCAAGUCUGGGAUAGAGAUAUGUUACUUGGUCAAGGUCGUUUUGCUCAACAGCAAGCUGGUUACCCCCCACAAGUUUAUGAGCAGAUUAAUCAGAUAGGAAUUAGAGCCUGGAAGUCUUUACCAAAUAGAGGAGAAGUGAGUGUGAAUCUAACAAAGAUUAUACAGGGAGCUACUGAGCAUUUUGCUGAUUUUGUGGCUAGAAUGGUUGAAGCUGCUGGGAGGAUCUUUGGAGAUCCUGAUGCUGCUAUGCCGUUAGUUAAACAACUGGUAUUUGAGCAGUGUACUAAGGAGAGUAGAACAACCAUUACUCCCUACAAGAAUAGGGGAAUUGAGGCCUGGAUUUGCCGAGAGCUUGGAGGGCCUUUGAGCAAUGCUGGACUGGCCGCAGGGGUGAUGCAAUUGCAGGGGAGAAAAAGGGGAACUCCUGCAGGAGCAUGUUUCCACUGUGGCUGGGUGGGACAUGUUAAAAAGGAUUGUCCAGAAAGAAGUGAAACACAAGGACCUUUAGCUAGACAUCCAGGACUAUGCACAAAAUGUAGGAAAGGAAACCAUUGGGCCAGUGAAUGUCGAUCUGGAAAGGACAUCAACGGACAGCCCCUUGUCUCCUCUAAUUCAGGAGCUUGGCCAAAAAAUGGCCAGCGGGCCCACAAAUAUGUGGGGCAAUGA